AACGCCUGCUUUGAACCGGCCAAUCAGAUGGUGAAAUGUGACCCUCGCCACGGCAAAUACAUGGCCUGCUGCCUCCUGUACCGUGGCGACGUGGUGCCCAAAGACGUCAACUCGGCCAUCGCCACCAUCAAAACCAAGCGCACCAUCCAGUUCGUGGACUGGUGUCCCACCGGCUUCAAGGUGGGCAUCAACUACCAGCCGCCCACCGUGGUUCCUGGAGGAGACCUGGCCAAGGUGCAGAGGGCCGUCUGCAUGCUGAGCAACACCACCGCCAUCGCCGAGGCCUGGGCUCGACUCGACCACAAGUUCGACCUGAUGUACGCCAAGAGGGCCUUCGUCCACUGGUACGUGGGAGAGGGGAUGGAGGAGGGCGAGUUCUCCGAGGCCAGAGAGGACAUGGCUGCCCUGGAGAAGGAUUACGAAGAGGUGGGCACCGACAGCAUCGGGGAGGACGACGAAGGCGAGGAGUAUUAGGUGACCCGUCGCUCGCCGUGGCUCCGUCAGAGAAAUGCAAACGCUAUCCUGGACUCAUUCCCAAAAUUCUGCACAUUCCAGUGAGCUGCGAGAGUCCCGCCUCAUUUUAAACCAUGCAACAAAUAAACGAAAAUAAACUCA